UAUGGCCGCAGAAGAGGUAUCGCAGACUGUGGACCAUUAUAAGACUGAGAUAGAGAGGCUGACCAAGGAGCUCACAGAGACGACCCACGAGAAGAUCCAGGCUGCCGAGUACGGGCUGGUGGUGCUGGAAGAGAAGCUGACCCUCAAACAGCAGUAUGACGAGCUGGAGGCUGAGUACGACAGCCUCAAACAGGAGCUGGAGCAGCUGAAAGAGGCUUUUGGGCAGUCCUUCUCCAUCCACCGGAAAGUUGCGGAGGAUGGGGAGACUCGGGAGGAAACGCUUCUGCAGGAGUCAGCCUCAAAGGAAGCUUACUAUCUGGGGAAGAUCUUGGAGAUGCAGAACGAACUGAAACAGAGCCGGGCUGUGGUCACCAACGUCCAGGCAGAAAAUGAGAGGCUCACGGCCGUCGUGCAGGAUCUGAAGGAGAACAAUGAGAUGGUGGAGCUACAGAGAAUACGGAUGAAGGAUGAAAUCCGGGAAUAUAAAUUCCGAGAGGCCCGCCUCCUGCAGGACUACACGGAGCUGGAGGAAGAAAAUAUCACGCUGCAGAAACUCGUGUCCACGUUAAAGCAGAACCAGGUUGAAUAUGAAGGCUUAAAGCAUGAGAUUAAGCGAUUUGAGGAGGAGACAGUGCUGCUGAAUAGCCAGCUGGAAGAUGCCAUCCGGUUAAAAGAGAUUGCUGAGCAUCAACUGGAAGAAGCCCUGGAGACCUUGAAAAAUGAAAGGGAACAGAAGAACAACCUGCGGAAGGAGCUGUCCCAGUACAUCACCCUCAAUGACAACCAUAUCAGCAUCUCGGUAGACGGACUCAAGUUCGCCGAGGAUGGGAGUGAACCAAACAAUGAUGACAAAAUGAACGGGCACAUCCAUGGGCCCCUUGUGAAACUGAAUGGAGACUAUCGGACUCCCACGUUAAGGAAAGGAGAGUCUCUACACCCUGUUUCUGACUUAUUCAGUGAGCUGAACAUUUCAGAAAUACAGAAAUUGAAGCAGCAGCUUAUGCAGGUAGAGCGAGAAAAGGCCAUCCUUCUGGCCAAUCUCCAGGAGUCCCAAACGCAGCUGGAACACACCAAGGGGGCACUGACAGAGCAGCAUGAACGGGUGCACCGCCUCACAGAGCACGUUAAUGCCAUGAGGGGCCUGCAGAGCAGCAAGGAGCUCAAGGCCGAGCUGGAUGGGGAGAAGGGCCGGGACUCAGGGGAGGAGGCCCAUGACUACGAGGUGGACAUCAAUGGCUUGGAGAUCCUUGAGUGCAAAUACAGGGUGGCAGUAACUGAGGUGAUCGAUUUGAAAGCUGAAAUUAAGGCCUUAAAGGAGAAAUAUAAUAAAUCUGUAGAAAACUACACUGAAGAGAAGGCCAAGUAUGAGAGUAAGAUCCAAAUGUAUGAUGAACAGGUUACAAGCCUUGAGAAGACCACCAAGGAGAGUGGAGAGAAGAUGGCCCACAUGGAGAAGGAGUUGCAAAAGAUGACCAGCAUAGCCAACGAAAAUCACAAUACCCUUAAUACGGCCCAAGAUGAGUUGGUGACAUUUAGUGAGGAGCUAGCUCAGCUUUAUCACCAUGUAUGUCUUUGUAAUAAUGAAACCCCCAACAGGGUCAUGCUGGACUACUAUAGGCAAAGCAGAGUCACCCGAAGUGGCAGCCUGAAAGGGCCGGAUGAUCCCAGGGGACUUUUGUCUCCACGGUUAGCCAGGCGAGGGGUGUCAUCCCCAGUAGAAACAAGGACCUCAUCUGAACCAGUUCCAAAAGAAAAUACAGAGGCCAGCAAAGAACCAAGUCCAACCAAGACCCCCACAAUCUCUCCUGUUAUUACUGCCCCACCAUCAUCUCCAGUAUUAGAUACAAGUGACAUCCGCAAAGAGCCAAUGAACAUCUACAACCUUAAUGCCAUAAUUCGGGACCAAAUCAAGCACCUGCAGAAAGCUGUGGACCGGUCCUUGCAAUUGUCUCGUCAAAGAGCAGCGGCACGGGAGCUGGCCCCCAUGAUCGAUAAAGACAAGGAAGCCUUAAUGGAAGAGAUCCUCAAGCUGAAGUCCCUGCUGAGCACCAAACGGGAGCAGAUCGCCACACUGAGGGCCGUGUUGAAAGCCAACAAACAGACGGCUGAGGUGGCUCUAGCCAACCUCAAGAACAAAUACGAAAAUGAAAAAGCAAUGGUGACGGAAACGAUGACGAAACUCAGAAAUGAACUGAAGGCUCUGAAAGAAGAUGCAGCAACUUUCUCGUCCCUGAGAGCAAUGUUUGCAACAAGAUGUGAUGAAUAUGUCACACAGUUGGAUGAGAUGCAGAGACAGUUAGCAGCCGCAGAGGAUGAGAAGAAGACUCUAAACACUUUGUUACGAAUGGCUAUCCAGCAAAAACUCGCCCUGACCCAGCGGCUGGAGGACUUAGAGUUUGACCAUGAGCAGUCCCGACGCAGCAAAGGCAAACUUGGGAAGAGCAAGAUCGGCAGCCCUAAAGUAAGUGGGGAGGCAUCAGUCACCGUGCCCACCAUAGACACUUACCUCCUGCAUAGUCAGGGCCCACAGACACCCAACAUUCGGGUCAGCAGUGGCACUCAGAGGAAAAGACAAUUUUCACCUUCCCUUUGUGAUCAGAGCCGUCCCAGGACUUCAGGGGCUUCCUACCUACAGAAUUUAUUAAGCGUUCCCCCUGACCCCACCUCCACAGAAUCAUUUCUUCUGAAGGGCCCCCCUUCCAUGAGUGAAUUCAUCCAAGGGCACCGGCUCAGCAAGGAAAAAAGGUUAACCGUGGCUCCACCAGAUUGUCAGCAGCCUGCUGCCUCCGUACCGCCACAGUGCUCACAACUAGCCGGGAGGCAAGACUGCCCAACUGUCAGUCCUGACCCAGCUCUCCCAGAGGAGCAGCCACAUUCCAGCUCGCAGUGCACCCCUCUCCACUGUCUCUCCAAGCCUCCUUACCCUUAGCCUUCACCUCCUGCAGACGAACAUCUGGGGUGAACAUUUUGUAGCCACACACAGGAUACUGCCCAAGAUCCAGCAGUGUUUUCUUUUUGGUGGUUAGAUUAUCCUUGGAUUAAUGUCCAUCAUUCUGGAAGAUGAGAGAAAGUUGAGAAGAAUAACACAAAGCACAGACUCUGGUGUGAUAGAACAUUUUAUGGUUUCUCUAAGUCACAGAUAAACUUCUGCAAUCAAAUGGCUACCGUUCAGUUAAAUCAAAAAACAAGGUGAAACGAAACAAGAAACAUGUAUCUCAGAUGGCUGGCUUUACCUCGAUAGCAUAAGAGAGACCUAAGACAAUGUAAAAUACGUAUAUUGUAAAGUCAUCUUUCCUCAUACUUCAAAUUCAGCCAUAGAGGUUGAUUCUGAUUUUUUUUGUCAUUAAUAUUUAUUUUAUACUUUAUUUGCCACAUGGGAUUCACGUCUAUAAAAAUUUCUGUGAGAGGUGAACUUAAUUCGUUUAUUUUUAAAGAAGCAUAAUUUGCUCAAUUAAGUAUGAGUUUUAAUUUAGUUUGAAAUCUGGAAUUGGCCAGACGGUGGUCAUUAUUCCUGCACAAAAUGAUAAUAAGGUGCAUCGGAAUGUUAACAAUAACUGUAUUUUGCUGCUACAUUGAUAUUGUUUAUGCACUUAUUUUCUAAUCAGUAGCUCAUUAACUGCUGUUUGUUUUUUUUUUUAACUAGAAUUCUUCACUGGACAUUAUUAAGUAAAUCUAAAAAAGAGACUACGUUACGAUUCAUUGACUUAUUUGACUUUUGACUGCAUCUUUAAUUUUUUUAAACUUGCAGACAAGUGGAUGCACCGGUGCUGCUCCUUUGUGUGUGUGUACGUGUGUGUGAUAAUGUUGAAGAAGGCUAAAUCAUGGGAAGGGAAAAAAAUGGGGUGUUUAUUUAAUGACCUGGAUUUUUUUACUUCUCCCAAAUUCAGAGUCCUACUAUGAGUCUUUCCUGCUAAAAUGUAUCAAGUACAAAUGGGAAAAUACCUACCUAGAUAGAUGUAAGUUAGCCUUUGGUUAAUUAAAUUACCCAGAAAGUGUUCAAAUUUUGAUUAAAUUGUAUGUUUUGUUGUUGUUAGGUUUCUUUCAUAGUGAAUCUUCCUUGCCAAAAAACAAUAGAUGAUAAAUCUUAGCUCAUUGUCUACUUUUGACAAACACUCAGGUGCCUACAAUCAUUAUAUUAUAUUGAGAUAAUACGUGGUCCUAGUUAAUUUCCAGAUUCUGCUAGGUAACUUUUAUGACUUGAUUUAAGGCAGUGGAUUUUCAUAGCAAAAUUUAUUUUGCACAUAAUCUGACAAACAAGGAAAACAGCUAAUUGAGCUGAAAGGUCUAACACUCUUGGGCUCCUUAACUAUCAAGUGCUGCCCGCACAACUGCUCCUAGCCCUGAUUCCUUGUCUAGUCAGGUAGCCUUAACUUAUGUAAAACCAUAACGGUUUGACUUUUUCAUGUAACGAUAUCUGUAACUUAUCUUUAAAACGAAAACAAUCCUCACUGUUAACACAAAGGAUAAUUAGCAAUGCAAGGUUCUAACAAUGGAGCUCUAGUAGGAACCACUCAGCUUAUCGAAUGGAAGUGGGUGGAAUAUUAAUGGAGUGGCCCAUCAAAGAUGGCGGCCAAUCAGUAAGUCAGAAAACACAGUGCAGGAGCAUUAAUGGAGUGGUCCAUCAAAGAUGGCGGCCAAUCAGUAAGUCAGAAAACACAGUGCAGGAGCAUUAAUGGAGUGGUCCAUCAAAGAUGGCAGCCAAUCAGUAAGUCAGAAAACACAGUGCAGGAGCUUUCAUCAGUCAUACACCUGUGAAGUAGUGGUCACUAUUACCAAAGCAACCGAAAGGUUUUGAGUUCCUUAUAUGAGUGCUAUUUUCAACAGUGUCAUUUAUUAUGCAACUUGGAGUAGUUGGAAAUCUUCACCAAAAUAGGGAUUCAGGUUAAAAUACAGAAAAAGAAGCAAAACAAUCUUCGUAAAGUCCAGAUCAUGGCAACCUAACCUUCUGCUCUUUCCUACCUGCAUUGCCUUGCUGUUCCUAAAUGUUUUCUUCAUUGUAUUGGUGUUGUAUCUGCCUGGUCCCAGUAUUAGUAAGAAAGAAUGGAUGUUAUGAGAGUUCAAUUAAAGGAAGCUACCCUACCCCCACCCCUGCUCUCUUUUUCUCUUUCUCUGGUUUCUUUUUCAAGCAUCAUAUGUUUGGACCUGAGAAAUGGCAUAGCUGCUAAGUUGGCUUUUAAUAAAAACUGUUUGUGCCUGAGGGAAAAUAUGCCUUUUUCAAAAGUACCUCAGAACAUCUUCCUAUAUUUCCUCAUCAAUUUCGUUGGUGGCACAGGGAACUGAGCAGUAAAUAUUGUCCGUGUGUAGCUACAGGGCAGUACUGUCUAUUGACAGCGCUCUACUGCGUUCAUGCUCCCUUACUCAGUAUUUAUGACCUGGUGAAAAGAUGAAUCAUAGACAAAACAUUUAUUCUAAUACAAAUUUUAUCAUUACAUGUAUUAUAUUCCAGUUUUAUUUCUGUUCUUUAUAGUAAUAGAGUGGGAAAUGCUUGUUUUGAAAUAUUAAUCUUAUGAAAAUGUUAAUUUUAACAAAACUUUGCCAAGAAGAUAUAGAAAAUUGGAAAUACACUUCUACUUUUCAGCAUGAAAUUAGAUAAGCAGUAAGAGAGAAUUCCAUGUAUUUACACGGUGGCAUCAUUUGGUAUAGUUUAAACUGAGCCAUAUCUGUAUUUAUUUCCAUUUAGACUUUUAAAGUGAAUAAAUAUGUGAGGCUCUGAUAAAAGUCAGAACCUGCAAAGAAACAUCAGGAAACAAAAGAAAAUUGAAAAAUUGAAGAACAAGUGAAAAUCAAAAAUAACAAAUCUCAGUAAGAAUAAUGGAAGACAGACUUGGGGAAGAAAAACCAACUACAAAUACAAUAAAAUUACUGGCUAAUUAUUGCAAACACAGGGAACUAGCAAGAGCAGUCAUUUUUUAAAAGUAAGCACAAUUACCAUACUGGAAAGAAGAGUCAGUAUGCAGAAAUGCUUUCCUACUGAGGAUUUUUCUUAGUUAAAAAAUUAAAUUAAAAGUAGCAAUAAAUUGCCUUUGGCCUGAGUGCACAGGGGCAUACAGGACCCUCAGCUUAAUCUUUCCAGUCAAUUCGUGAUUGAUCAGAUCCCUUUCAUGUAUCGAAUUCUGUUUCAGUAAGAGGAAUUUGGAGAACUGUGAGAAAACAGAAAGUUAUUAAAUAAGAAAAGACCUAUUUAGAAAGAUUAUACUUUAACCUAAGGAAGAGGAGCCACAAUGUAAUCUUCAAGAAAAGAAAAUUUAACAAACGAUAGGAACCAGCUAUCGAUAUGGUUACUAAGACUAGAAUAAGAACAGUCUUCAGAGUGAAGGGUUUAUAUUAACUCGAGGAAAGAGAUUUUUGACAGUGGGAAAUUAAUCACUGAAACUGAUCAUCAUAAGGAAGAUUUGUUUUUUAAAAAUUAAAUAUUAUUGGUUAUCUAGUAAGGAUUAAGUGGCAAGAUGUCUUAUGAUAAUCUAUUAUAAUUCUGAGAUUCCAUAAUCUUUUGCUUCUUUUAAAUUUAAAAAUACGUUAAAGUUAUACUGGUUAGUCAUAAAAUAUUUUAUCCCUUGAAAAUAGAAUAGCAAUUGUAAUUUUUCCAAGAUAUUUGGUAAAAAAAAAAAAACAAACAAGAUCAUUGGUAUUAUUUUUCUUUCCAGCUAUAUUUCAUAAUAUCUUUAAAGUUGUCCAGAAUGUAGUAAUUUUACUAUAAAAAGCCUCAAUUGUCAGAGUCUAAAAAAACAAAUGUCCUCAGGAAUACUUUGGAAAUAGAAGGUAUGCAAUCCCUUAGGGGGGCAAAUGUCUCUCAAAUUUUAUCUUUUCUUAAAAGGAUCUUCAAUCUACAAUAUUUGCUUUUUCCAUGCUUUGGAAAAUACUUCUGUACAGACCUUCUCUUUCAAACAAGCAUGAAACGUUGGUCAAAUAAACCAGCUAUGAGUGUGGACAUUUCCUGAUACUGUAUUACAUAAAAUUCUCUACGGUUCUCAAGUGGAAAUCACAAAAUAUGAAAAGGAAGAAAUGAACUAUAUUUUCCACUGGGAUAAGAAUGGCAAACGUAAUGUAUAAUUGUUACAAUCAAUCAGCCAAAAGACAUAAUCUGCCUCUCAGCAAGACAUGGCAGGGGAAACUGAUGGGUUGCCAAUAAGGAACUGUGAUGACUUGACCCUAGGAUGCCACAAAUUUAUUGAUAUUCUAAGUAUAAAGUAGGACUAGAGUCGAAAGGAACUCUUAGGAUAAAGUUCCCAGUUUUAAAAAUUUGCCCUCCUGGUUUUUUGUUUGUUUAUAAGCCAGAAUGAUUUAAAACAAUCCUUGUAUUUAAGAUUGCAAAAAACUUACAAGAAUAUGUUUCUGAAUAAAAAGGAACGUAAUUCUUUAAAAAGCUGUUGAACUAGAGUUGUGAUAGAAAGCGUGAUCAGUGUUGAUACUGACAAGUAAUUUUUACCUUGAAAUCAAUUUCUGUGGACAUACAAGACCAAUCUAGCUCCCAGGUGACCAUUUCCAUUGUCUUGUGGUAAUGCCCCUAGAUGAGUUGUGUCUGUAGUUAAAUUCAUCUUUAUUCAAAUACCAAGUUUACUGCCAUAGUCCCCGAUUGUAUUGCAUAUGUAGCCCGAUCCUAUUAUGUUAACCUCUGAAAGAUUUCAUCUAGCCAUCUCUUCUGUCCUUGUUACUCAAAGUUUAACUGGAAAAGAUUUUAGUAUUAAGAUAUGUUCCCUGAUUGAGGAUUUUCCAGAAAUAAUAUUCUACUUAAGAAGAGGAGCAAUUAACUGCCUUUACUGUAAGGUGCGAGUGCAUAAGUCUGCCAUGUAAAAUGUUUGCAUGAGAUAUUUCCCAUCAUGUUAGCUUUCCCAUGUUCACAAUAUGAACACUAUAGAAGUCUUAUUUCUCUUGUGGUCUUCUCUCCAUUAGAAAUGGAAGGAGAUCGUUACCUGUAUCUGGUCUCCUUUCCAUAUUAAAAUGCAUGGCUCAAAUCCUCAGUGAAUUUUCACCCCUUUCCUCUGGAGUUACUUACAAUUUGCCCUUUUAAACUGAAGCUGGAUAAACUGCUGAGCCAGAUCAUUUCUGUGAUUGGAGUUUAAGCGCGGUAGAACAUUGGUGGAGAGCACAUUUUAACUGUAACUUUUUUUUCUUUCAGAAUUAUUCUCUGAUCUUUAUGGUUCUCUAAUGAAAACACUGAGAAGUAUGUCAGAUGCUUUCAGUGUGACUGUUAUAUUUUCUUUUUAAAGAGUCGUUUUAAAACAAAGAACUAUAAAGUAAAGAGAAAUGUCAUCAUUUUGUCAACAUAUCAUUCAUUAUUCGAUGAUAAGGGAGGUACAGAAUGAAUCAUUUUGUUGUCUGGGUUUAUAGCUAUAAUUACGCACUAAAUCUUAGCGCAAAUAAGUUAUUUUAACAUUAUUGCCACAAAAUUUUUAAGCUCAAUGGUUUGACUGUUGGAGUCAAUUAAAAAUUCUUUGAAAAUCUUUUGUGACAUUUUUGUAAUCUACUCAGUGUUUUUAUUUGCAUGAUUAUGCCUAUGUGAUGAGCCAUUCAUGAUUCCGAUAUUGUAUUUCUUUCUAGUAUUAUAUUUGUGUAAUGUGUGACCAACCUGAUUUGUACAUUGUAUGAUUAUUGUUGUGAUGAUUCUGCUAUUCCUACGCUUAAUUGCAAUUUUGUUAUUAUGCCUUUUGGGAUCAAAUGAUGUGAAGUGUUUCCACCUAAUGAUAAUACCAUAUGAAAAUAUGACUAAAAGACUGACCUAAGAGUCUGUUUUGUUGCUAAUUAUUUUUGAAAAUCCAAAUUUCAAAGGAAACUUUCUCAAAGACAUAGACAUUUAUUUUAAAUUCAAAACAAUUCUUUUGAAUUUAUUAUUGCUUGUCCUUUUUAAUUUUUUUAUUCUAGACAAUCCUAAGUGAAUGUCUCAUGGGAGAAUCCAUAUGAUUUGUGCUUGUAUUUGUGGAAUCUGAUGAUGCACUCAAUGGUUGGAAAAGGCACUCCAGUGCUAAGAAAAUAACCGAAGCCAAUAUAUCAAUUCUUCAAUCUUGGUUUAUGUUACCAACUGAAUAUGGUGU